CUAACACAACGCACUCCUCCAGGCUUAAACUCAAAUGGCACCUCUCUUUCGUCACACUAGCAGUACAAUCUGCUUUUUCUGUAGGUCUGCCAUAAAGCCUGCACCGCCAGAUCAGCGAUCUUUCCGCUGUCCACACUGUGACUGUUGGAACCGCUAUGAUGCGAACGGCGAAAUCAUGUCAGAUGAACCUGCCAUGCACGACGAAUCCCUGAACUCAAAGUCCUUUGCAAAGCGAGCCUCUCCCAGCAAGGACCGCCUGCCGUCCAUGUACGGAACCGGCCAGUUCUGUCAUACAUGCCAGACAAACCAAAUGCUCUUGGUUAACCUUCUCUCAAACUACCUACCGCCACCACAUCAUCCGGACUAUGCGCAGCGUUUGGAGAAACUUCCAGAAUAUCGUGAAUCGUUGCACGUCCGAUAUCCUCCGGUGUGUGCCAACUGCAUGCCUGCUGUCGAAGAGGAGAUCCGGAAGAAGGACCAUAUGGCUCGGACAAAGGCACUGGGUGGAUGGUUAAUUGACAGCAGAGGCAAGGAGAAGCAGAGACAAGUUACGGGAUCCAGCAGGGAGAGAGAAAAACUCCAGACACAUUUGUUUCUGUGGAGACUAAGAGGGUUUCUAUGGUUUAUGACGUUGGCGGUAGCUGUUGUCGUUCACUUGUCUGGUACGCCAACACAUUCUCACAGUUCUGCUUCACCAUCCAUCAUAUCUGAUUCUCAUGCUGCAGUGGUGUUAAAACUCCAUUUCCCCGAUGUUCUAGGUCAUGCGCGACAGGUUCUUCCUCUUAUCGCACUAUGUAGUCUAUUUUGGACUGCAUGGGACCCGACAUACUACUCCUUCCGGAAGGCACGAAUACAAGGUCGCGAUCUCCGCGUUCACGGCAAGAAACAUUAUAUUAUUCUGCAAAUGACCGCAUGGUUCUCCAGAUUGCUAUCAUCUAUUCUUCUCGCACUGUCAUUGCACUCGCCUUCUCGGGAUUACUUGCAUCUUUCGCGAUAUCCAGCAUCAUCACGAACGCAUUACUAUUGUCUAAUAUCACUCAUCGCUGAAGUAUUCAUCUGUGCUACCUCAUUCGUCGCGCUGCGCGUACAGAAGCCUCCGCCGAUUCGUUUAAUUGAUACCUCUAGCCACCAGCAUCUAGCCGCCGCCUCUGCGCAUCCUACACCUGAGAUUUCCCCUCGUCCAUCACCUGCACCCCAUACGCGAACCGCUAGCGAACCAGACCUCCUCGCAUCCCUCUCACUCUCAUCAAAUCCCGUAAUGUCUCCCAGUAACCCGAUAUUCGGCCUUCCUUCUCUUAUGGCAUCCAACUCAACAUACACGGGCUCUCAAAAUAAGGAUGAAGAUGACGAUGACGAUGCUAUGGACUGGACCCCUACGGUUCCUUCCCCCGCAAAGUCGAGGAAGAUCCUUAAUGACGAUGAUGACGGUUCGUGGGUCAGGCCACAGCGCUUCUUCCCUCCAGAGCGGCCGACGGGCCUGGAGUCCUUGUUCGCAAGUACCAAAUUGGACGAUAGAGAUCAGAAGCCUUCAUCUGCUGCACAUCCCACUCAUACACGGACUACCCUAAGCGUGUUUGUGGUGCGCUGGUGGUGGGCAGGCGCCACGUUGAUCCUAAUCCCUCUUGCGGCUUUAGGGUUCAAUUUCUGGCAAGGAAUGCCAACGAUACGAGAGAAAUUGACUUAGCUCCGACUACGUUGUGUAGAUUACAGU